AUGCGCCCUCUAUGAUAGAUACGUGGAAAUACUUCGUUUUAUCGGGAAAGAAACAUAUGUAUCCAGAGGACUACAUCACAAUGAAUGAGUUUAAGAACACUGAAGUGGGCGGAGCUAUCACCACACCAUCAUUGCCAACCAAUGAGCAGCUCAUUAAGUAUUUACAAACCAUUACGCUCGAGUGUUUCGGAAGGCUGUUGUUGUUGGCGAACAAGGACUACUACAGAUAGUUCGAACUUAGACGUCGCGUGAAGUACGUCGUGUAAAGCGCUUUCUUUGCAAGUGAUGUUCAUAGUGCCGUAGAAAGGAAAUCAGUAUUUAUUUUUUUAUCUGUUGUACGAUUAUUCCCGAUAAUCAAUAUAAACAGGGCAAUAACAAACAAUAUAACAUAAAAGAGAAUUCCGAAAUGAAUUUAUCGUUUGCUGGCUGUGGUUUCCUUGGUAUUUACCACGUUGGUGUGGCAGUGUGCUUCAAGAAAUACGCUCCACACUUGCUUUUGGAUAAGAUUAGUGGUGCAUCGGCUGGUGCUAUCGCUGCUUGUUGUCUUCUUUGUGAUUUACCCCUCGGGGAAAUUACAAGUAAUGUCUUACGUGUUGCACGCGAGGCACGACAGCGUACUCUCGGUCCAUUUAGUCCAUCGUUUAAUGUUCAAGAAAUAUUGUUAGAAAGUUUACAAAAGUUCCUCCCAAAUGAUGCCCACAUUCGAGUAAGUGGUAAAUUACAUAUAUCCUUGACCAGAGUAUACGAUGGAAAAAAUGUAAUUGUGUCACAGUUUUCUUCUAGGGAAGAUUUAUUACAGGCCUUGUUAGCAAGUGCAUUUAUUCCUAUCUUUUCUGGUCUUUUACCACCCCGUUUCCAUGGUGUUAGAUACAUGGAUGGUGGUUUCAGUGACAAUCUUCCUACACUAGAUGAAAAUACAAUUACUGUUAGUCCAUUCUGUGGUGAAAGUGAUAUUUGUCCAAGGGAUGUUUCUUCUCAAUUGUUUCAUGUAAAUUUUGCAAAUACAAGUAUAGAACUUUCAAAACAAAAUAUAUAUAGAUUUGCAAGAAUACUGUUUCCACCUAAUCCUGAGAUCCUUUCAAAUAUGUGUAAACAAGGAUUUGAUGAUGCAUUAAGAUUUCUUCAUCGCAAUAAUUUACUUAAUUGUACUCGAUGUCUUGCAGUACAGUCCACAUUUGUUGUCUCAGAAACUCUUGAUGAUAAUAUAGAUUAUGAUCCUGAAUGUUUAGAAUGUAAAAUGCAUAGACAGGAAGCAUUGGUAUCAAAUUUGCCUGAGACAGUUAUGACUAUAUUUCAAGAUGCAAUUGAUUCUGCCAAUAAAGGGCUUAUUAACUGGUUAUUCAAACAUAAAAGUGUAAAACUUCUGUCACUGCUUAGCUUACCAUAUACGUUACCAGUAGAUGUAGUAUAUGCAACUUUCACCAAUAUGAUUGGUAACAACAUAGAAACUCGUUCCUUGGAGUACAAAGUAAUUGGCAAUAUUCUUCUUAGACGACCGCAGAUGAUUUCUAGAACUAAAUAUAUAACAAUUUCUCGAUUUAUUUUGAAUGUUCCCAAAUUGCGAAGAAAUUUGUUAGAAUUACGAACAUUCUUCUUGAACCAAUUAAGUACAAUAUUUCCCAAAAUUAACGUAUAUUAUCAGCAAAUGCCACAAACUAUCAAAUGUCAAUUAGCUAUCACAGAAUAUGGAUCAAAUAUAUAUAAUAUGGAAGAAAUAGAAAAGACUGACAAUUUAUAUAAGAGUAAAAAGAAUCUGAAUUUAACAUUGCAGUAUAAUGAAUUACAACCCUGGAAGGACCAUAAUAAUAAAUCAAAUUGUGUUAUAAAUAUGUCCGAUCUUUCAACUGUUGAUGAUACGUUCGAAAAUAUUUUGCAAGUCACUUCUGAACAAGAAGCGGUGAUGGCAUAUUAUUACAUGGAUGAGAAUAACAAGGUGCAGGUGACGGAAAUAUUUGAUGUUACAGAUGCAGAUUCUCAUACAAUGUUAUCUGCGGAUGAGAUAGAAAAUAAUACAAAAUUACAGUUUGAUGAAUGGGAUGAACCUUCAUGGAUAUCUCAGCAUACGUUUAAUGACGCUGUUACCGAAUCUCUAUUUACGGACGGAAAUGAACAGAGUCUAGAAAACUUAUCAGAAAUAUCUUUUGAAGAUGAUAUUUUGGGCGGUUUGAAUACUUCUUCUGAUCCAGAAAGUGAAUGGGAAAUAAGUAAAGAUUUUCAAACUACAAAGAUUACUAGUACACCCAAUAGUGCGACAGAAAUAGAUUAACCAUUAUUGAAGAUUUAAGAUAAAAGAAUUUUUAAUAAUUAAUGGAAUGAUGUAUGAGUGCGUUAUAUUUAUAGUCAAUAUCAUGGAGUGUGUGCAUAUUUCUGUAGUCAAUGAUAUUGAUGAGAUUAUAGUGAGAAGAAUUAUUACCGAUGCUCAAUAUUGAUAAAUUUUUACAACGCUUUAGAAAUAUUAUUUGAAAAAGUCAAAAGAUAGAUAUAUGAAAUUGGUUAGUUUUAUAAGAAAGAAGUUGUAAUUUAUAAUCUGUGUUAUGCACUGAUAAAUGCAAGCAAGAUACAGUACAAAUAACGUAUAAAGAAGCGAUGUGUAUCUUCAGCAGAGCAUACACAGUAUUUUAUUGUUAAUGAAAUCUGAUAGGAAAAGAUUAAUAUUGUUAGUACAUACUUGCAAGGCAGGUAUUGGUAGAUCUCCGAAAAAGAGACUGAUUAUAGAAAAAAUGUACAUUAUAUAAUACAAAAAUCUAUCUCUACUCUAAUUUCACGUUAAUUUACUGUUUGAAAAUGUAAAUAUUAAGUACAAUAGGUUAAUUAAUACGAAGCAUUAACACUUACUGUUAACUAAGUUAUUUUAUCAAUUUUUUGUUACAUUUUUAUAAAGGAGAAGAGGAAAUAUUCUAUGUAAAUAUUUUUAUAAACAAAUGGAAUGUUACCAAAUUAUUUAUACAACUACAUCUUGUGAUAAACAUUUAGUGGAAUGAUGAAAUUAGCUAUAUAAAUUAGAGUAGGGAAAUACACUUUUUGAUCGCAUACAGCUGGAACUGAAUGCCAAUUAACAGAUAAAAUUUUUAUAUUGUUUAUUAUUGACAUAAUCAUUGUUGAGGAUAACUAUACUAAUUACGGUUAUCGAAUAGGUUGUUUUGUAUGUGUUAGAAACAUAAUGCGCUGAUUGCUCUUGUACGAUAAAUGCUUUAUAACAACAAUUAAACAGCACAAUUUAGGUAAUUAAUUUUGUACUAAAUUAUGCUUUAAAUAACACAUAAAGAAGUCAUGAUUAGUAAAUAUUUUUAAAAUGUUACAUUUAUAUGCGUAUGUAUUAUGUGAUAAAAUAUUGAUGCAAUAGUUAUGUAAAAAAUGCAUGUUUCAUUAUAAUUUUAUAACUGUUACAUAUGUCAUUAACUAUUAUCUAUUUAAAUAGAAAAACAUUUCUAUAUUUUUACUAUUAUUUUAUUUUUUGAAAUUGGACAUUAAGAUUAUUGUCAAAUUUUGAUUAUAACUAUUACUUUGGACAAAAUGGAACACUUAAUAUUUUCACUAGUCAACUUUCUAUAUCUUCGUCUCUUUCCAAUAUUUUCGUAUAAAAUUAGUAAUUUAUAAAUUCGAUUUUUUCUCUAUAAUGUGAUAUUUUGUUCAUAGCAAAUCGCAAGACAUUCUUAUAAAUAGUUUCAGUAUUUACAUUUGCAAAAACUGCUGGAAAUAGUUAUUUAAAAUGGUCUUUGUGUAAAUUAGAUUAUAAUAUGUUUUGAUUACACAUGUAAUUAAUGAAAUAAA